UGUUUCUCGGUGCUGGCUGGUACCGAGGACGCAGCUGCCCAGCAGCGGAGCGGAGCGCCUCUUCACGCCGGCCAGCAGAGCCCCACACCCCGCAGCCCCGGCCAGCAGAGCCCCGGCCAGCAGAGCCCGAGUCCGGGGAGCCCCGAGCAGUUUAGCCCCGACCAGGAGAGCCCCAGCCCGCGGAACCCCCUCUCCACGCCGGCCCCCGGAGCCCCAGUCCGGUCCGGGGAGCCCCGCUUCACGGCACGGCCAGCGGCCGGAAGAAGAAGCCCGUCGGCCGCCCCGAGUGUGAGCAGGACGGCUCCGCCCGGAGACGGCUGCACGUACCACACACUCCGCCCGGGGAGCGGGAACCGUCGGGGGCGCAUCCAUGAGAUUUCCGAGAGGAGAGUCAAAGUGCGUUGAGAUGGCAGCGAGCAGCCGCCCCGGGAGCCCGUAGACCCCCAGCCAGCUGGUUCCCGACCCCUCUCAGCGGUUCUGCUCCUCCUCCUCCUCCCCCGUCUCCGUGGCGACCAUGUCGGCGGCCCAGACCCAGAAGGAGAGCAGCGAGGGGGGCUGGGGGUGUCUGGAGGCGCUGGGUCUCAGCCAGAGAGAGCUGGUCCUGGCCGAGGCCCUGCAGAUGGAGUACGACGCCCUGUCCAGGCUCAAGCAGGACAAGACCGGGGCCGGCACCGGCCAGGGAGACUCUCCCACCCCCCCCCAGACCGGCUCCAAGACCCCUACCCCCUCCAUGGAGCGGCCCCGGCCCACCCCCGGCCAGCUCAUCCCUGCUCCGGGGGGAGGGAAUCUGCUCCGAGGGUUCUCCGGGUCCGACCCCUUCCUGAACCAGCCCGGAGGAUCCCGGUCUCCUCAGUCGGCCCCGGCCAGGGCCCCCCCCUACCCAGGACACGUCAAAGAGUCCCCGUACAUCCUGGAUGGUCCUGACGUUGGGAAAGGCCCCCCCGUGUCCGGCCUGGGCGACUCUCCCGACUCCAGGCCCAAAGGCCUGGUGGCCCUUCCCAACGACGUCCCUCCUGCCAUCCCUCCCAGGAACCCCAUCCUCCCCCCGCCGGGGUCGGAGACCCCCGUCCUGCCCCCCCGGGGGUCCACGCUCCACCGGGACGUGAACCUGUUCACCCCCGACGUGGACCCGCCCAAAGUGAGCGGCUCAGAGCUGUUCUACGACGGCCUGAACGAGUCCCUGUCCAGACUGAAUGAAGGCGGGGGGGGGCCCCGCAGCCGCAGGGCUGCCCUGGACCAAUCAGGGAAGCCCGUUGCUCGGAGUAAGACCCUCCCCCCACAGGUGCCCCCCAGGACCUACGUGCCCGCGUUGAAGAGCAACAAGAACCAGCGGAGGGUUUCUGCAGACCCGGUGUCGCUGGGCUCCAGGAUGAACGGCUUCGGCUACGAGCUGUUCCAGGUGUCGGAGGAGCGGGACGAGGAGGUGGCGGCGUUCUGCCACAUGCUGGACGUGCUGCGCUCGGCGUACCCGCACAGCGACUGCUCCAAGAACGGCGGCUUCGUGUGGUCGCCCUCGGUGGGCCAGGACGAGCUGCACCAGGCCCUGGGCGUGGCCAUGAAGGUCACCAUCGUCAGCGAGCACUUCAGAGACCCGCUCACCUUCACCUGCGAUGGUUCCUCCACGGUGGACCUGCUCAUCUACCAGACGCUCUGCUACGCCCAGGACGACCUGCACCACAUGGACGUGGACAAUUACCUGCUGAAAAUCUGUGGACACGAGGAGUUCCUCAACAACGGUCAGAGUCUGGCCGGGCUGGAGUUUGUCCAACAGUGUCUGAAGUUUGACUGGGAUGUCCGACUGUAUCUGACCAAGAGAUCGGCCAUCGACACGGAGCUGGCCCGCACGAAAGAAGACGAUGAUGCAGUGUCGUCCAUGAACCACAGCAUUCUGCUGCAGGAGCGGCCCAUAAAGCAGACCGUCACCAGGGAGGCCCUGACGCUGCUGCUGGACACGUUUCACAACGAAGCCGAGGCCUUCCUGCUGUCAGAGGCAGAGCUACCGCUCCACGUGGAGCGUCUGGUCCAGUCGGUGAAGGCUCUCUGCAGCUCGCUGGCGGCCGUGGAGACGCCUGACGUGACGGCCGCCCUCAGCCAGCUCCCAGCAUGCCCCUGUCGGCUGCAGCCCAAGGUCCUGAAGGAUGCUUCAGUGCUGGCUAUCAGAGAGAACAGAGACAGAGUGGUGGAGCGGCUCACCGCCGCCAUCCUGGACCUGGUGGAGCUGUACUGCAGCACCUUCAACGCCAACUUCCACACCGUCCCGCAGAGCCAGAGCUGCACGGCGCCGGUGCAGGAGGCCGGCGUGGUCACCAACGUGCUGUCCUUCAGCGUGUACGCCGCCCACCGCAUCCCCAUCACCUGGGCCGCCAGUUACGAGGGCUUCUUCCUGUCCUGCUCCCUGACCCACGGCGGGGCGGAGCUGUGCGCGCCGCAGCACACCAGCAAGCAGUCGGUCAGCAAGUACCUGUUCCACCUGGUGGUGUGGGACCAGAGGGUGUGCUUCCCCGUGCAGAUCAACCAGCUCCCCCGGGAGUCCCAGCUGACGGUGAUGCUGUACGCCAGCCCGCUGCCGCCCCCCGGAGGAACGGAGGACAAGGUGAAGCAGCGGCGCGGCGCCGAGGCGCUGGGCUGGGUCACCAUGCCGCUCUUCAACUUCAGACACGUUCUGACCUGCGGCAGGAAGCUGCUGGGUCUGUGGCCGUCGACGCCGGGGGGAAGUGGGAACGCCCGCAGCAGCUCCCCCAACUUCAGCCAGCCGGACAGCGUCAUCCUGCAGGUGGAUUUCCCCACGUCGUCCUUCGAGGUUCGCUUCAGCACUCCUCCUCCCGCAGAGUUCUGUCCUCAGUACGACUUCAGCCGGCUGGACACCGUGAGCCAGAUCCAGCUGCAGGACGUGCUGCACAAGAAGGCCUUCUUCUGGCUGACGGUGGAGGACAAGCGUCUGCUGUGGGAGAAGAAGGCCUUCUGCCAGGCGGAGAGCGCGGCGCUGCCGCUGGUCCUGGCCAGCGCCCCCUGCUGGCAGUGGGCCUGUCUGCCCGACAUCUACGCCCUGCUCAGGCAGUGGGCCUGUCUGGGUCACCUGGACGCCCUGGGACUGCUGCACGCCUCGUUCCCGGACCAGGAGCUGAGGAGGACGGCGGUCCAGUGGAUGGACUCCAUCUCCGACUCGGAGCUGCUGGAGUUCCUGCCUCAGCUGGUGCAGGCGCUGAAGUACGAGUGUUACCUGGACAGCUCUCUGGUUCGCUUCCUCCUGCGGCGAGCCAUCGGAGACGUUCGCAUCGCUCACUACCUCUUCUGGCUACUGAAGGACAACCUGCAGGACAGCCAGUUCAGCGGCCGGUACCAGCACCUGCUGGCUGCGCUGCUGUGCUGCGCGGGCCGAGGCCUGCGGGACCAGUUCGACCGCCAGUGCUGGCUCGUCUCCAUCCUGGCCAAGGUGGCCCAGAAGGUCCGGGAGGCCCCGCCCUCCAGCAGACAGGGCGUCCUCCGGGAGGGCUUGGAGGAGAUGAAGCAGUUCUUCACGGUGAACAGCAGCUGUCGCCUCCCUCUGAACCCGGCGCUGCUCGUCACUAAGAUCAACAUCCAGUCUUGUUCGUUCUUCAACUCCAACGCCGUCCCCCUCAAGUUGUCCUUCCAGAACCUGGACCCUUUGGGCGACAACAUCAACGUCAUCUUCAAGUCAGGAGACGACCUGAGGCAGGACAUGCUGACCCUGCAGAUGAUCCGCAUCAUGAACAAGAUCUGGAUCCAGGAGGGCCUGGACAUGAGGAUGGUCAUCUUCAAGUGCUUCUCCACAGGACGAGGGCGGGGUAUGGUGGAGAUGAUUCCUCAGGCCGACACUCUGAGGAAGAUCCAGGUGGAACAUGGAGUCACGGGCUCGUUCAAAGACCGGACUCUGGCGGACUGGCUGCAGAAGCACAACCCCACCGAUGAGCAGUACGACAAGGCCGUGGAGAACUUCAUCUACUCGUGCGCCGGCUGCUGCGUGGCCACCUACGUCCUGGGAAUCUGCGACCGCCACAACGACAACAUCAUGCUGAAGACCAGUGGCCACAUGUUCCACAUCGACUUCGGGAAGUUCCUGGGCCACGCGCAGAUGUUCGGAAACAUCAAACGGGACCGCGCUCCGUUCGCCUUCACCUCCGACAUGGCCUACGUCAUCAACGGAGGAGACAAGCCGUCCAGCCGCUUCCACGACUUUGUGGAUCUGUGCUGUGAGGCGUACAACAUGAUCCGGAAACACGCACACCUGUUCCUCAACCUGCUGGGCCUGAUGUUGUCCUGUGGGAUUCCUGAGCUGUCUGACCUGGACGACCUCAAGUACGUCUACGACGCCCUGAGGCCGCACGAGUCUGAGGCCGACGCCACCAUGUACUUCACCAGGCUGAUUGAGUCCAGUCUGGGCAGCGUGGCCACCAAGCUGAACUUCUUCAUCCACAACCUGGCUCAGAUGAAGUUCGCCUCCACGGAGGAGCGGCCCACGCUGUCCUUCGCUCCUCGGGUCCACACGGCCAAGAGUGACGGCCCCAUCAGGAACCUGUACAUCUGCAGGCACAUCCGCAACCCCAGCAAGGGCUACGCCUUCGUCAUCAAGGUGGAGCGGGACGGCCAGGAGGUGCAGCUGGUCCAGAGGACGUUUGAAGAGUUCCAGGAGUUUCACAGCAAACUGAGACUUAUCUUCCCCUCGUCUAAGCUGCCGAGCUUCCCCAGCCGCUUCGUGAUUGGUCGCUCCCGCGGCGAGGCCACGGCCGACCGGAGGAAGGACGAGCUGAACGGCUACGUGUGGCACCUCAUCCACGCUGCUCCGGAGGUGGCUCAGUGUGACCUGGUCUACACCUUCUUCCACCCCCUGCCCAGAGAUGAGAGAACAGGAACAACCAGCACCAAACCAGCAGAGAUCUCAUGGUCUCCAGCUACAGGGAAAGAACUCGGGGAAGUGAAACUGUCCAUCUCCUACAAGAACGACAAGCUCUUCAUCAUGGUGAUGCACAUCCGAGGACUGCAGCCCCUGCAGGACGGCACGGACCCGGACCCGUACGUGAAGCUGUACCUGCUCCCCGACCCCCAGAAGAUGAGCAAGAGGAAGACCAAGGCAGCACGCCGCACGUGUAACCCCACCUACAACGAGAUGCUGGUGUACGAGCGGAUCCCCCGGGGGGACCUGGACCAGAGGGUGAUCCACCUGCGGGUUCUGGGCGACGGAGCCUUCUGGGACAACACGCUGCUGGGAGAGACCUUCAUCCCCCUGAAGCAGCUGGUCCCGGGGCAGCACUGGGUGGACUGGCACCAGCUGGGCGGGGCCGGGGCCGACGCCACACACUAGGGUUCUCCUAGGACAGGACAGGACAGGACAGGACAGGAAAGGGAAGUCUUUGGAAAGUAAAAGCUGUGCGACCGCUGCCCCCUCAUGUUCGGGGGAGGUGGGCUCUUAACUAGAAUCACGUUAAUCCGAGGCGACUUCAGGUGUCUAAUAGUAGUUAAAGGGAUCCAAACUUAAAUGAUGUGAGAGUUCUCCAUCCAGCGUUGAUGGAUAAGCACAUUUCUGUCCACAUUUCACAAAGCUUGGUUCAAAGCUGCACUAACGGACUAGUCUCACCUGUAACGUGAAGUCUAACACAACAAGCAGACAUUUCCAUAUGGACGUGUGAUCCGAGUGUGAUGUGAAACCGGGCGGUCCAAACCGGACUCGGAGACGAAGGGACGACUCAGAAACACACGCCAGACUGUAAAAGAAACUUGAACUUUGUGGACGUUUUCUGUCUUUCUGCAGAAGCGUGUUGAAUGUUUUCAUGAACUCCAGCAACGUUUUUUAGUCUUGCAGCUUUUUACAUCUUCACAAGGAGAAUGUGGAUGAGCUUACAGUAAGUGGUGAAUGUGGUGAGGCUGCGGUGAACGUGGAAGUGGUUUCAGCGCUGUAGACCAGCGGAGUGGCCGGUGGCUCCGCGGGUUUCAAACACCUUUAGGUCCACGGGGUAGGGGUAGGGGAAGGGGAGGAGAAUUUUAAUUUGGAUAUUUUAAAAGUUUAUAAAGUCAGAAAUUCCCAUUUCCCCCCCAGAAAUUUGUCAACAUUUUUGAGUUUUUAAAGCCUGAAAUUUUAUUUUAUUUUAUUUUAUUUUUUUUUCAAAAUUUAAAUUACACAAGUUUCUGAUGUAAAAAAUUCUGAAGUUUCUCUUUACGUGACCCCCACCUACGUAGCUUGUAGCACCCUAUAAUGUAAUAAUUUCCUGAAAAUGUAAUAACGGCUGAAAAUGUAAUAAAAUGUGCACUUAACUCAAUUGAAAAUGUAAUAAAAUCUAAUAAUGUAAUAACUUCACCAAUAAUGUAAUAAAAUAU